UGCGGAACUGAGUAAUCUUGAAGCGCUAAUUUAUAAAUACACGCUGGCCUUAAAUUAUUAUUUUUUUCUUAAAAAUUUUUAAUUAGCUUAAAAAGAAAUUACUAUAAUCUAUGUUCUCAAUUAUUUUGGGUAUAUACAUUGAGUAACCAAAUUCUUCAUCAAUUUGAAUAGUUUAUUCAAAACGAUGGAAAGAUUUAUUAUAUAAAGAGAAAGGAAAAUAUUUCAAAAAAGUUUUCACGCAUCAAAAUGGAAUUUGGACGAGGAAGAGGGUUGUUUAAACGAAAUUUGUCUGAUUCACCACUAAAAAAUGUUGGCUACGCAGAUCUAAAGAAUGAUUUAGGCUUUAUAAACUCUGGUUCUUUUCAUGAAAAUUAUGAGUCUGAAAAAACCUUAACAAAACAAUUACAUCAACUUCAUUUUCAAACUGAGCUUUUAAAUAAUGGUUUCAAGAACAAAGAAAGUGCUGAUAUUCCAGUAUUGAACAGUUUUCAUAGUUCCAAUGGCUUUGAAAUUGAUACUGUAAGAAAAGAAAUUGACAAUGAAAUAAACAAAAAUACAAGUAAAAAUGAAAUAGUUACAAAUUUAGAAAUAAAAUAUCCAAAAAGUAAUAAUGGAUUCUUGUUUCAAAAUGUUGAAAGUAUUUUAAAUGAUGACCAAACUGGAGAAGUUACCGUUAAACAAGAAGUUGUUGACCAUAACAUUGAUAAAGCAACAGUUGAUGAUAAAACUCUCAAAGCAGAAGAAGAGUGGCAUCUUUUUAAAUGUGAUCGCAGAAUCAAUAAGAUUUUAUCUGAAGUUACAGAAGAUAACAUAGCAACUGUUUUUAUUGAAUUGGAACAUUUGAUUGAAGAGGGUCCGUUGUCAUCUCGAUAUGUCAACUGUAGUGAAGUUAAACAGUUAAUUGAUGUUUUGAUAAAAAAAAGUAUUCAAAAUGAAGAUUUUUUGCCAUAUGGACCAUGUUUAUUAAAGUUAGUGUCAGAGCACAGUAUGAUAGAGUUUCAAAAGUACUUUCCAGACAUUAUACAUGCACAUAGAAAAGAAAAUAUAACAAUAUGCUCCACAGACAACAUGCUAUCAACAUGUGGCAAACACUUCUGUCAAUUACUUGGACAUAUGCUUUCAUUGCCUCGACAAACUUGUACUUUAUUCUACGAAACAGUUUUAUCAGUUGUUGAGGAGUGUAUCGCAAGAUGGAGUUAUCCUGAUUCAGGCGAGGCAGAACUAAAUGGUUACCAUGAAAAUUUAGCAAUUGUGUUUGGAUUAUCUAUUAAGUAUUUGCUUUUAGAGAUAAUUAAAAGAAUGAUUUCUUGCGACAAAGUGAUUUCUAAACAGAUAAAAAAGUUUGUAUGGUUUUUACGUGAGACCAUACUCAAUAAAACUUUAUCUAGAAAUGUUCGUGAGGUUUUUUUGGAUGCCCUGAUUGAAGUUCAAGUACAGAAUUUUAAAAAACAUUUUGGUGAAGAUGAAAAUAGCGAAGGUGCAGAAAAAUUGAAGAUAGAAGAUGAAGCAAGAUACGAUGGAGAUAAAGCUAGACAUGAAACAAGACAUGAUGAAGAUAAAACAAAACAUGACAAAGAUAAAGGAACUAUUGAAAGUUUAAAAAACAUCAAUAAAACUACCAUCAGUGCAUCUUCUGAGAAAGUUUUAUCAAAAAAAGAUGAUAUUUUUCAUUCAACUAGUGCAUUUGAUCAAUUUUUAUGUGUCAAACAACUCCUCAGAGAGCAAGAUGUUUCUGAAUUGAUCCCAAUAUUUAUAAAACACGGGCUUGACGAUUAUGCCAUCAUGUUACCUACAAUCAAAGCCCGUAUGGAGGCAGCUAAUAUAAAAAGAUUAACAGCAUUUCAAAUUGACACUGUCAUAAAAAAAACAAAUUUUCAAAAACUUCGUGAACGAGCAGUUUCGUCAAUUACAACAAGUUUAUCACAUUCUCCAGAUAAUCUCAAUCCAGCUAAAGUUUCAUUUGAUUCCAAUAUAAUAUCCGAUCAGAAUAAAUUAUCAUUUGAUCAAAUUAAAGUAUCAUCCGAUUCGAAUAAAUUAUUAUGUGAUCCGAUGAAACUAUCAUCCGAUUCGAAUAAAUUAUCAUGUGAUCCGAUGAAACUAUCAUGCGAUCUGAUGAAAUUAACAUCCGAUUCAAAUAAUUUAUCAUGUGAUCCGAUAAAAUUAUCAUGUGAUCUGAUGAAAUUAUCACCAAGAAAGCAAGAGAAUUUAGAAACUUCAGAUACAUUAAAUCUUUGUUUAGUAAAUGAUGGUAGUAGUGCAUUGUUAAACAAAACAUCGUGUAAUUCCACUCGAAAAAUUGCAAUGAACUUUAAUAAGUCCUCAUGUAAACCAUCAGAUGCAUUGGCUUUUGAUGUGAGUGAGUUGAACUCACCCAAUACCGUGAAUGAAAAUGCAAAUGAUGCAGAGUCUUGUUUAAUUAAAAAAGAAGUAUGCGCAGAAAUAAAAGUUUCAAAUGUGUUAAAAAAUGUAAAUGCAAUCCAAAAUAUUAAUGACGAUUUUUCAGUAAGUAGUACUUCAGCUAAUAUCGAUGAGAAUAAUGACGAUGAACCUGAUGUUGUCAUUGAAGAUGAACAAUAUGAAAAUAGUUAUUUGGAUAGCUCAACAGUUAAUAGAAAUAUAAUGGGAAAUAAUAAGUUAAUAGAAAUACUUUCGCAGUACGACAUAAAAGGUCGUGGUGUUAUAAAACGACCAGAGGUAAGCACGAGUCCAUCUAUUUAUCAAAGUAAAUAUGUUAAUGGUUCUAAUUAUAAUACGUAUCGUGGAAACCCAAGAGAUCGAUAUUUACAUAAAGGACAAAGAGGAUUUAAUCGAGGAAGAGGUAGCCGAGGAUACAAUAAAGACUUUCAAAAAGCAACAAACAGUUAUAAUAAGAGAUUAACUAAUAAAGAUAUUGAUAAAAAUUUUUCUUUAUUUGAAAGAAAGUUUGAAAGUGAAAGUGAUAACUUUGAACCUAAUAUUGAACAUAAUCAGCCAUUCAUGUUUGGAAUGCGUCGACCUAGAGCAUGUCUAAGAUGUCAGUCAAACUCCCAUCAAUCAGAUGAUUGUAAUGUCAACAACCCCUUUUUCACAUAAGGAUAUUGUAAAGUAAAGCGUUUUUUUAAUUUUUUCUUGCAAGGAGAUGUGACAACGAGAUACUAUUUCUCUUUUAUUGUAUUCUUUUAUAAAAAAUAUAAAAAAUUCUGUUAGUU